CAAAGCUGGCAAAAAUAAUUAAGUAGAGAGUGUUGUGUUUUCUAGAGAGAGAAAAACUAAAAUCAAUAUCAAUUUUUUUUAUCUCUAUCUAUAUUCUCUCCUUAUUUUUACCAAUUUUAAUUUAAUUUUAUUUUUUUCUUGAAAAAUCUAAUCCAUUACAAAUCUCAUUUCUUUCUCUCUCUCAUAUAUAAUCCUCCUCCCCUCUUCUCCCAUUUUCUUCCUUGAGGGAGAGGUGGUGUUUCUAGAGAGAGAAACAGUGCAAGAAAGAAAAAACAGAGUUUAGAGAGAGAUAGUAAGGAAUUUAUUUAUUUUUUAAAAAAUUAAAAAAAUUAAAAAUAAAUGGUGGAUCAGCCAUUUACAACCAUGUCUACUACUUCUUCAAAUUCUCCUCCUCAUCUUCCUUCUACAGAAAAGAAACAUUGGUGGCUAAGCACCAAGAAGAUUGUAGACAAAUAUGUAAGAGAAGCAAGAGUAAUGAUCUCAACUCGAGAACAGAGUGAGAUCAACUCAGCACUGAGUCAACUCGAAGCGGCCCUCUUUCUCUCUCCUAAAUACGAACCCGCACUCGAACUCAAAGCUCGAUGUCUCCUCUACCUAAGACGAUACAAAGAGGUUGCAGAUAUGCUUCAAGAUUACAUUCCGAGUUACAAGAUGUCUGACUCGGAUGACUCGUCUGGGUCAUCAUCGGAUAACUCGAACUCGUCGUCACAAACUCUGUCAAGAGAACGAGUCAAGCUGUUGGGAUCGUCGUCUAACUCGGACCUUAACUCGUCGGGUUGUGAUUACUCGACCUCCUUCAAAUGCUUCUCUGUUUCUGACCUUAAGAAAAAAGUCCUCUCUGGCUUUUACAAGAACUGUGAUAAAGAAGGGCAAUGGAGGUACUCAGUACUUGGACAAGCAUGUUGCCACCUCGGAUUAAUGGAGGACGCCUUGGUCCUCCUCCAACACGGCAAACGCCUCGCCUCCGCCGCCUUCCGCCGUGAAAGCAUUUGUUGGUCCGACGACAGCUUUGCAUUCACCGUAUCCUCUGCCACCUCCGACUCACUCACUGAGUCACAGCCACUCACAGAGACCGAGUCAAUUUCCCACCUCAUUGCCCACAUCAAGCUCCUCCUCCGCCGCCGUGCCGCCGCCCUUGCCGCUUUAGAUGCCGGCCUCUUCACGGAGGCGAUUAGACACUUUUCCAAGAUAUUAGAGGGCCGCCGCCCGGCCCCACAGGCGUUUCUUGCGGAGUCUUACCUUCACCGGGCCUCUGCUUAUAAAUCAGCGGGCCGGACUGCUGAGAGUAUUGCUGACUUAAACCGGGCCCUUGCAUUGGAACCGACCUCAACCGUGGCCCUACAAUCACGGGCCGGGUUGUUUGAGUUCAUUGGGUGUAUUACUGAUUCUGUUCAUGAUCUUGAACAUGUGAAGUUGAUUUAUAAUUCUAUUUUAAGAGACCGUAAACCACCGGGCCCAGUGUGGAAACCGAGGGCGGUUCCGUAUAGAGAAAUUCCGGGCCGGCUUUGUUCUCUGGGUUCGAAAAUUCAGCAAUUGAAGCAGAGGAUUGCAAUGGGGGAGACAGGCAAUGUGGAUUAUUUUAAGUUGAUUGGGUUAAGGAGGGGUUGUUCGAGGUCCGAAUUGGACCGGGCUCAUUUGUUGUUAGUUUUGAGGCAUAAACCCGAGAAGUCAAUGAGUUUUCUUGACCGGUGCGAGUUAGCAGACGAGAGGGAUUUCGACUCGGUCAAGGACCGGGCUAGGAUGUCGGCGGUGUUACUCUUCCGGCUCGUGCAAAAGGCAUACUCGAACGUGUUGUCUACAAUUGUCGAGGAGGAGGCUGUGGAGGCCGAGAGAAGGAAGACCACAUUGGCCCUCCAACAGGCCCAAGCCCAAGCUGAAGCCCAAGCCGAAGCCCAAUCACAAGCACUGGCCCUACAAAACAUUGAGGCGCGGAAACAAAUGACAGAAGGUAAUGGGCCCGCAAUCGGCAUUGUGCCCGUGUAUGAGCCCGAGGUUGAUGUGGAUCAGCCCGAUGACAGGCCCGACACGGGCUGUGAUGGGAAAGUGGAGUCAUUUCCUUAUCAAGGGGUGUUUUGUAGGGACUUGGCAGCUGUGGGGAGUUUGCUUUCUCAAGUCGGGUUUAACCGGCCCAUUACUGUGAAGUAUGAGGCUUUAAGUGGUGGUGUUCUUGUGUAAUUACCAAAAUGUAGGGGCGAAAACGGAAAUUGUUGGGGGGUUUUCGGUAUUUCCGAGUUCUCGGUCAUCGGAGGAGGACGAAAAGAAAAUAAAAUUGGGAGAAGGGGUUCAGUGUUUGAUUAAGCCAUUGGCAGGGUGGAAUGGGAUUAACUUUCCCUGUACAGAAGAAAAACAAAAAAAGGGAAAGGGAAAGGGAAAGGGAAAAAGAAGGAUGAAAAAUGAGCUGCCAGAAAAUUUUGCUACUUGAAAUCUUUAGAUGUACAGACUUUUUAUGUUGAAAAAUUCAAUUCAUGUUCACUUAUAUUAGUAAUUCUCUAUCAAUGAAUUAAUCCAACUAUUACUAGUACAUUUUCAUAA